AGAACUCCUCGCAGAAAAGAAGAUCAUUCCCGUGUGAUCAGUGUGGAAAGAGUUUCGUGCGUAAAGGAGUCCUGAAGGAUCACAUGAAGAUUCACACCGGAGAGAAACCUUAUUUGUGUGAUCAGUGUGGACGGAGAUUCACGCGCAGACAUCUCCUGAACGAACACAUGCGCAGUCACACCGAAGAGAAGCCUCACACGUGCUCUCAGUGUGGGAAGGGUUUCUCACUCAGUGAAGACCUCAAGAUUCACAUGAGCAUCCACACGGGAGAGAAGCCGUUCACAUGUGAUCAGUGUGGAAAGAGCUUCAUGCGUAAAGGAGUGCUGAGCAAGCACAUGCGCAGUCACACCGGAGAGAAACCUCACGUGUGUGUGGAGUGUGGAAAGGGGUUCUCACUUAAAGAAAACCUGAAGUGCCACAUGAGAAUCCACACCGGAGAGAAGCCUUACACAUGCAAGGAGUGCGGAGUCAGCUUUAAAUUUAAAGGAAACCUUAACUAUCACUUACGGAUUCACACUGGAGCCACACCUUUCACGUGUCAUCUGUGUGGGAAGAGUUUCACGCAGCCGGACAGCCUGACGUAUCAUCUGCGCUGUCACGCUGGAGUAAAGCCUUUUAAAUGUGAGCAGUGCGGUAAAGCGUUCAUUCUGGCCUCACACCUGAAGAAGCACAUGAUGGCUCAUGCCAACGAGAGGCCUCACUUCUGUUCUGUUUGUGGAAAGACUUUUUCACGGCUGGACUGUUUUAAAAUGCACCAAAAAGGUCACACCGGUGUGAAAGUUCACGUGUGCUCUGAGUGCGGGAAGAGUUUCAGAAGAGCCGGAGAACUGAAGGGUCACCACAGAGUCCACAGCGGAGAAAAACCCUACAAGUGCUCGCUCUGUGACAAGAGUUUCAGCUCAUCAUGCACUCGACAGAAACAUGUCAGACAGCACUGUCCAAAGAGGGCAAAGUGAACAGUUUGCUGUGACCCUACAAAGAUGAGCAGAAAAAGAGGCCUCAUUAUCUGUAUUGAUUAAUCUUGUGCUUGUAUAUUUAAACACAUCUAAUUAAAGUGACUUUGCUCAUACCAGUAUUUUCUGCACGGACCACUGCUCAUAUUUGUUGCAUAAUGAUGCAUUUAAAAGUUAAUGGCCAAACACAUGUUUAUAAUGGUUCACGUUGUUGUUGCAGAUGAAAUAUAACACAGAUAACAUUAAAUGAACAUUUUUGUCAGGCUAAAUGUUGAUCAUUAGUAACUUAUGCCUUUAUCUAAACUGCACAUUCGCCAUGUUUGUAGUUUUUUAACACUUUUUAUUCAUGUUUGUAGUUCUGAACUGAAUCCUCCUCCAAAGCUCAAUGGAUUGUGGGUAAUAUUAGCCAUUAGAGUGUGCAUGUAUCUACAUUUCACAGAUCGACCUGAAAUAGUUGACCAUCCGGGGAAACUCUUUUCUGCAUACUAUGCUUUGGGACACACUUAAUACAGCUUUAAUUGUUUUUUGUUUUUUUCUGUGAAUUUUAAUGUGUCCCGUUUAAUUUGUCUUUUUUCUGAACAAAAAAUUAUGACAAUCAUACAUUUUUCCAUGAUUUAGUGACAAAAUGUCAUUCAGUGUAACAAUAGUUGAUGUCAGGUAUAUUUAGAACAAGAAUGGUUAUCCUUUAAGUCUGAUAAGUCAUUUUCAAUCUUUGCCACAAUCCAUUGUUCAGCAAUACGUUUUUAAUCAUGUUAAACAUAAUAAAAUUUAGUAUGAUGACUUAUUCUUUUCUAAAUUUUAUUAAGUACAGGUCACCCAUAUUUUGUUUUCAUAAAUGUUAUUUUUCUGACCCCAUCAGCUGAUAUUUUAUCGUUUUAGGCAAAAAACUCAUUUUUUUUUUUUUGAACCAGGGACAAUAAUAAUAAUAUACACAAGUUAAUUUUUUUAAUUUAUUUGUGAGGGAAUAAUUAGCUCAUAAUUUACAUCCUGAUCUGGAGUUUCCUCUCUCUUAUCAAAGAUGGGACUAAAUGAAAUCAACAGUAACAUAUCUAUGUAAGUGUUUAUGAAUACAUUAACAAGCUCAUAAUAAAUGAGUUAUGAAUGAUAAUCAUCAUCAGCUUCUCUGCUGUUUCCUCCUCUGUCUGUGUUUCUCCUUUUUAAUAAACAUCUUCACAAUACUGUCACACACAGAUAGAAGUUAAUAAUAGAGUUUUCCCCUUUCUCUCAGCUCUAAGAUCUGAACAAUUCUGCAGCAAACUAGAAUCAUUUCUAGAACUAAUAAACUGUUACAGUAAUAACAUCUGUUUCGAGAUGAGACAAAAGGCUGAAGAAACCUGAACGCUUGGACAAAACAGGCCAGCUGCAUUUCAUCU